ACAGUAGUGAUCAUCUCUGAAAAUAGAACAAAAAUCGCUUGUAUAAAUAUAACUUUGACAGUUAUUUAUACCUAUAAGGAGACGACAUUGAAUAGCAGACAGAUAUACAAAUAUGCAGGAAAUCAUAUGACUUACAACAUGGCAGUGUCUGUCAACAGAACAGGAUCAGAUUAGUUUUACACAGAUUUGAGCUACUAACAAUGAAUAUGAGAUAAUGGUGAAACAUUUACAUGAUAUAUGCCUGAAUUUCAUUCAGAGUAAUCUAGACAAAAUUCCUAAUGCUGGAGAGAGACUUCCAACUGUCCACAAAGAACAGCUCUUAGAACGAAUCGCUGAUCAUGAUUUAUUGAUACCCGAAUACAUUCCCUUUGUAAUACAACAACUGUUUUUUAGUUCACUUCGUCAUGUGACAUUUUACAAGUGUGACCAGGUGACUGAUGAAUUCUUAUGUGUAUUAGCCAAUCAGAAGUGUGUACUUGAUUCUUUAACCAUACAACGAUGCCAGUCUGUUACAGAUGUUGGUAUAAAGAAAAUUACUGAUGGACAAGAUGAACUGUCUUAUUUAAGAUUACGUAGACUGACAAACAUAACAUCUUCUGGACUGUCAUGUAUUAGAUCUUCUAAACUCCAGACUGUGGAUUUAACUGGCUGCCUUGCUUUAACAGUUAAUGGAAUAAAAACCCUUGUGAACAACAAUCCUAGUAUUAGAUGUAUGAAUAUUGAUGGAUGUCACAAACUAUAUGAUGAUGUAUUUGCAGUUAUAGCACAAGGAUUGAGAGGCAGUUUGGAAGAUUUAGAUGGAAACCCACAUGUUAUGAGGAGUGAGAGUUUAAAGACCAUAGCAAAGUACUGUCCAAAUCUAAAAAGGUUAAAUUUGCAUGGAUGUUCAAAUUUAAAUGGAGAGGCAGUUUUUGAGUUGUCACAAAAUUGUCAAGAGUUGCAACAUUUAGACUUAUCUUACUGUAAUGGAUUAAGAAGCCGUCCACAUAAUGAAUAUUUCUGGACACUACCAACGUCGUUAACAAGUUUAUCACUGUGUGGAAUUCUGUUGGAUGAUGAAACUUUAUUUAUAGAAUGUGUGCAAAGAUUAAAACGAUUAAAACACAUCAGAUUGAGUGGAGUUACAGCAUUGAAUGAUGAAACAUUUUCACAGAUCUUACAACAUAUUGGUAAAGGAUUAAUAUGUUUAGAUAUAAGUGGAACAGUUAGUAACACAUUGACUGAUGAAGGAUUAAAGUCUGUCACCAGAUAUUGUAAAAGUUUAGAGCAAUUAGAUUUCAGUAUGUGUCAUAGCCUAACAUUAACAACACUUGUUCCUUUAUUGGAGAAUCCAGAUACAGCAAUGUUGAUAAAGAAAUUGUUUGUCAGCACUAAAAAGUUAAAUCUAGAUGUGUUAUUGACAGCUGCUGAUCACUGUUACAAUUUAGAAAUGUUAGAUGUUGCUGGACAGAGGUGUAUAACUGAUGAAUUAUUACGAACAUUGGCCAGAAAUUGUCCGAAACUGCACAGAAUUGGAAUGAAAGGAUGUGCACAGGUAACAGAUGAAGGUGUCUGUGAACUGGCUCGAAAGUGUGAUCUCCAUAUUAUUGUUCUCUCUGGUAUACUGAAUCUCACUGACAAAAGCAUAUUCUGUAUAGCAAAUCAUUGUCAUAUGUUAGAGGAAAUUUACUUGAAUGGUUGCUCCAGAAUAUCUGGUACAACUGUAUCUUAUUUAAUUGAUUGUUGUAUCCCUAGAUUGUAUGUCCAACAUAUCUUACCAAACCAUCAUCCUGACCAGCUCAUGGCUAAAAACCUGGACACAGGAGAAUUCUGUAGAGCAGAUUUUAACUGGACAGUUGCAUAGCUGUAAUACAUGCAUACUGAUUGCUUAGUCCUAGUAACCAGAGAGAUUAGUGUUGUUGAAUGUCUUAGAAAUUGAAUAAGCUUUUAGAGAGUAGUAGGGUUAAUUUAAGACUAAAAUGAUUAUUAAAAGGAACACUCAGAAAGAAGGCAAAAUUGGGUUUACAUUUUAGCUCAUUAACUUGAUCAAUUUUAAUGGGACCAGUUCAUAUGGUUUUAAAAGAGGGAGAUUGAUGCACUUUAGCAUGAGUAUAUUUAGUUAUUGUUGGAUGUUCAGACAGUCAAGUGGAAAAUUUGCUGACUGAAAAUUAAAAUAGUAAGCAUGAAAUAUUAUAUAUGAAAUAGGGAUAUUUUCGUUAAUAUUUAACAAAAUUUGAUUAAAACUAUGUAUACUCAUAGAUACAACUCAACAAUGAGUCUGUCUAGAAUGCUAUUUAUUAGAUAUAUUCUAUUUAAGGUCAAGUACAUUUUCUUGGAAAAAACUUGCCAAACAUUAUUUUUUAAUUAUUUGGUUUACAUUAUAGUAUUAAAUGGAUCUUCAUAUUAUCUUGUUUUUUAGCAGAUAAAAAGAUAAUUAGCAUCUCAACAAUUUAGUAUCAAUAUUGCUGUACUCAAAUUUCUAAACACAGACAUCAGCAUCUGUUUUUGGUUUGAUGUCUUUUCCUACGACAAUGGACAUUUGAGUGAUAAAAAAAGGAUGUUUAAGCGCCAAAGUAUAGGACUUUUGAGCGCCGAAAUUUUAGAAUAUUUGAACGAAAAUGAAAAAUAAAAAUUAGACUUUUGAGCCAAAAAAAAAAUAAAUAAGAAUGAUAAAGGAGUACCUAUCGCCAGAAAGGUGGAAGUAGGAUUUCGAGGAGGAUAUAGUUAAUGAAAUGUGGAGUUUAUAACGCACAAAGUAUAAAACAUCUUUUAAUUGUUAAAAAACAAAGCACUGUCAUAAAACAUAAAACUCAGCAAUGGCAUUAUUUACAAGUCAGUUCGGGCUUGAAAUUUAUAUCCCUCGUUAUUUCGGCUGUCAGUACACCGAAUGCAAAUCCAGGAGAUUCAGCUCCUUCUCCUUGUCUGUUCGGCCCUGAGGUGCAUCAAUAUUCAAACUCUGAAUUUUGACUUAAGUAACAGAUUGUAAUUUGAGAUUGGUGUCAAGGAAAUUGAUGGUUGACUAUGAUGAAAUUGCUCAUUAUAAUCGGCAUGAAAAUCAGGUCCAUUGUUUGUACAUUUUUUGUCAUAUUUGGAACCGUGGCACAGAGAUAAGGGGGAAACAACGAUUCGUCUGUGAUGUAAGUAUUAGUCAGGUAAUCGGCAUGUCUAUACAAGGCUUGUCAUUAGGUACACUCAACUUUCCUUGGUACACUACACUACCAUUUACUAGCCAGAACCGGUCUUAUUACUUGGAUGUAAAAUCAAAUAAAAUAUAUUUAUUUUAAAAACUUAUACUUUUUUUUCUUAAUUUUUAAAAAUAUUUUCUUAAUUCUUAUAAAAGUAUCACAGCAAAUUUUGCUUGAACUUACUAUGUGAAAAUCCAGGUAAGGCUAAUAUUCCGGUGCUAAAAUGUCUUAUGAUGUCGGCGCUCAAAUGACCCUAUGUGCAUUUUUUAUUUACGCUCAAAUGUCCUAUGCCCAUUUCCUAUACAUUUAUCACAAUGUCAUGUCAUGGUGAUCAGUUUUAUUGAUGAAUUAUGACCACAGUGUUCUGCCUAAACCACCACCUUUUGGUCAGUAGUGUUAAAACUCUUAUAUAAGGGUGCACAUUACAAUUUUUGAAAGUGCAUACGGUUUCUAAUGUUAUAAUCUUCAUGACAAUCAUAACCUUCAAUUUUUAUUUGUUUUUGUUAUUCUGUAUUUGAUGACAAUUGUUAGGAUUUUUGUUUUGCUAUGUAAAUUAUUUAUCAUAAUAAGGUUUUGUUUUUACAGUAGAUCUAUUUAUUCAUAUACAGUAUUAAUGUGUGUCCCAUAAUACAUAGAAAGAUAGUGAAGAGGUAAUUUGUUGAAGUUUUUUUAUGUCUCACAAAUAAGCUACAUGGGCAUAUAGUGUUACGCAUUAUACGUAAAGCCUAGAAAAAAUGGUUAACAAAACUAAUGUAGAUAUCCAGGAUAUCUUUUUGAAUAGAUUUCUUGAUUUAGCAAUGAACAUAAUGGACAUUAUAAUAGUUGUAAUUAUGUUUAUUGCUAAAUCAAGAAAUCUAUUCAAAAAGAUAUCCUGGAUAUCUACAUUAGUUUUGCUAACCAAUUUUUUCUAGGCUUUACUUAUAAUAUAUUACAUUUAUUCCAAAUUUGAUCACUGUUUCAUAAAGAACUUGGACAUAGUAAACAGAAUAUAGUUUUAGUAGUUUCUAUUGUUUUAUCUGCAUUAUGAAAAGAACAACACACAUCUGUUAUACUUUAUUUUUUACUAGACAAUUGUUUAAUGUAUAUUCUUCAUAAAUAAAAAAUCCAAGAAAGAC